AUGGAGAAGAAUGGCACCAUGGUGACAGAAUUCAUUCUUCUGGGGUUCCAGCUGCCGGCAGAGCUGCAGAUGGGUCUCUUCCUUGUGUUUCUGGUCCUUUAUUUCAUUACCAUGGUGGGCAACCUGGGCAUGAUCGUGUUGAUUCAGAGAGACCCUCGUCUCCAAACCCCCAUGUACUUCUUCCUCUGCCAUCUUUCCUUCUUGGAUAUUUGCUAUUCCUCUGUCAUUGUCCCUCAGUUUCUUGAAACCUUGGGUACCGAUAAGAUGGCCAUCACCUAUGAGUGCUGUGCCACUCAGUUCUUCUUCUUUACCCUCUGUGCUAGUACUGAAUGUUUCCUUUUGGCUGUGAUGGCCUAUGACCGCUAUGUGGCGGUGUGUAACCCUCUCCUCUAUGCCACCGCCAUGACACCACAGACUUGCCUGGGGCUGGUGACUGGGGCAUAUGCUGGUGCCAUGGUCAAUGCUGUGAUCCGCACUGGGUGUACCUUCUCUAUCUCCUUCUGUAAAUCCAACCACGUGGACUUCUUCUUUUGUGACCUCCCACCCCUGCUGAAGCUUGCCUGUAGUGACACCAAGUUACGGGAACGGGUCAUUUACCUCUUAGCUUUCUUGGUCAUUACAACCAGUAUUUCAGUGAUUCUUAUAUCCUACUUUUUCAUCAUUCAGGCUAUUCUGAAGAUUCGUACAGCAGGUGGCAAAGCCAAGACUUUCUCCACCUGUGCUUCUCACAUGACUGCAGUAGCUCUUUUCUUUGGGACACUCAUAUUCAUAUACCUGAAAGGUAACAUGGGCAAGUCCCUUGGGGAGGACAAGAUUGUGUCAGUAUUUUACACUGUGGUCAUCCCUAUGUUGAACCCAAUGAUCUAUAGCUUGAGAAACAAGGAAGUGAAGGAGGCUCUGAAGAAAGCUUUCAAUGGGAUGAAGGUUUCCCAAGCAGACUAA